AUACGCCUCCACCGUGAAUGGUCAUGGCGGGACAGCUGAAGAAGCGUCUGAAGGAUGCUAUAAAGAUCCUAGGAUGUGGCAGCACCUUAUUCUUGGGAUACCUCACUGUGACUGGGGAUGAGCGCUUCUACGCGUCCGCUCUCAUGCCAGUGCUGCAAAGACUUGUGGGAGCAGAAACUGCUCACGUCAUGGCUGUGCGCUUACUCCGCCUGGGCCUGGUGCCCAGAAAUCGCUACCAGGAUCCUGCAUCGCUGGAGGUAAACGUGAUGGGACGGAGGUUCGGGAAUCCUGUUGGGAUCGCAGCAGGUUUUGAUAAGCACGGCGAGGCGGUGGAUGCACUGUACCGGCUGGGCUUCGGCUUUGUCGAGGUGGGCACCGUCACCCCAAAACCACAGGAGGGAAAUCCAAAACCUCGCGUGUUCAGACUUGAGGCUGACCAGGCGGUUAUUAACAGAUACGGUUUCAACAGCUGUGGUAUUGGAGCUGUUCAGGAGAGAUUAAAAGCCAGAGAAAGAGUUCAGUCUGAGCUCGUGAAAGCAGGCAAACCGCUCGGCAUCAACUUGGGGAAGAACAAACUGUCCACUGAUGCCGUGGCUGAUUAUCUGGAGGGAGUGAGGACACUUGGCCCCCUCGCUGACUACCUGGUGGUGAAUGUGAGCAGCCCGAACACUCCGGGUCUCAGAGACCUGCAGGGGAAGAAAGAACUGCGCCAUCUACUGGAGCAGGUGCUGAAAGCGAGAGACUCUUUGCAAGGAGCAAAUCAUCCACCAGUAAUGGUUAAGAUUGCUCCGGAUCUCUCCCAGCAGGACAAGCAGGACAUUGCAGAGGUCAUCACAGAGCUCAGUGUGGAUGGUUUAAUCGUCUCCAACACGACAGUGUCCAGGCCAGAGACCCUGCAGGACCAUAACAGGAAGGAAGUGGGAGGUCUGAGCGGGCAGCCGCUUAAAGAGCUGUCCACGCGCACAGUCCGGGAGAUGUACAGCUUAACAAAAGGGAAGGUGCCCAUAGUUGGAGUCGGCGGAGUGGCUAGCGGACAGGAUGCCCUGGAUAAGAUCCGUGCCGGAGCAUCUCUGGUUCAGCUCUACACAGCGCUGGUGUAUCAGGGUCCUCCGGUUGUAACCAAGAUCAAAAGAGAACUGCAUGAGCUCUUAAUGGAACAAGGCUUCAGUAGUGUAUCAGAAGCAGUCGGUGCUGAUCACAGGAUGUCUAAUGGUGUGGCAUCAUCUCCCACAGAAGGAGUGACGGUGAAUUAGGCUGUAAAGCACAGCUCGUGUUUUAAAGGCUCUAAAACUGACUGGUGUUAGUUGGUGGGGUCAGCUUUCCAAUGUCAGAUUUUCUCCUUUAUCUGACCUGAUUUGUGGCUUCACAGCAUUGACACAUGACCCUGAGCUGAAACAUUUGAAUAUGUUCCAGGAUGGAAUUGUGAAGGUCAGGUGUAUGAGAUCACACGAAGAAACUCAAGUUCAGUGUCAGGACUGUAGCCCAAGAUGGAGUGUUGGGACUGUUAAAAAACAUUUAACAGAGGACAGAGGCGUCUUCCAGAAGAUUAAACAAGUUGAACUUUCGGCUCAACUUUCGUAAAGGUUUUGUGAUAUGACUUGUCGGAUUUUCAUAAUGUAGUAAUAAUAAAUUAGUAUAAAUACACAGGUAAUUAUAGAAAAUUGCACAUGCUGAUUUGUCAAGAAAUUCAGACUAUUUCUUGAUCACUUCGAGUGGCGGCCAAUCGCUUUGUCACAGUAAGUGAGGAAGAAUUACAAAUUAUGAAAGAAAAUGCUGUUCCUAAAAGCGCUAAAGAUGCUACGAAGUUUGGUCUAAAGUUAUUCAAAGGUAUGGUGGGAUUGUGCUCUAUUUUAUCGAUUUCAAAACAAAGUAUUUUAUGUGACUCGGCGUAGAUAAGUGACACAAAUCUGCACCGUGCCGUUAUUACACUGAACAAAAAUAUAAACGCAGCACCUAAAGAUUUUAUUUAUUUUGUACAUCCGAUACUGAUUUUUUUUUUUCUGCCCACAUCAAAUGAUAGUAUAGCAUACCAGUAAACAUUUUUUGAAAAAAAAAAAUGUCCCUCUACUCAAGUUCUGAGCAGUGCCCAGACUUGAGAUAAUCCAUGAUCCAGUCGGGUGUGACCAUUGCAGACAAAAAUUUCACUGAGUAAUGCAUGUCAUGACCAUCCUUUAUGUGGGGCCAAUAAAAGGCCACCCUAAAAUGACAAAAAUGUUCAAAUGUCAAGAUGCCACAGAUGACCAGAAUCAACCGGGAACGAGCCAUUGGCAUGCUGCAGGCUGGAAUGUCCAUCAGAGCUGUAGGGCGUCAAUUGGGGGUGCUAUUCCACGAUAGUCCGCCUCCGACGGCGAUUUCAGCAGCAUGGCACCACAGACAACAUGCCACAUGCACGCAGGCCACGUGUCACCACUCCAGCACAAGACCGGCAUAUCCGUCUGACCCACCUGCGUGAUCGGUGCCGGACUGCAACACGGACCGCAGAUGAGACCAUGGGGAGACACAAUCGCAGGGUCAGCAGUCAAACUGUGAGAAACCGACUCAGAGAAGCUGGCCUCCAUGCACGUAGACCUCAUCGAGGAUUGGACCUGACUGCUGGGCGACGACGUUCUCGUCUGGACUGGGCUCGGGCACAUAGAAAAUGAAAAUGAAUUUCUAUCUGAACAUUUGUAUUUCAUAAAAUAUGGACCGCUGCGUUUAUAUUUUUGUUCAGUGUACAUUUGCAUGCUGAUUUUGAUGUUUGAAAUACAUUAUUUAAAAAAAAAUCACCUGUGUAUUUAUACUAAAAUAAUUAUCCACCUAGCGCUGUCGCCUCACAGCAAGAAGGUCCUGGGUUCGAGCCCCGGGGCCGGCGAGGGCCUUUCUGUGUGGAGUUUGCAUGUUCUCCCCGUGUCCGCGUGGGUUUCCUCCGGGUGCUCCGGUUUCCCCCACAGUCCAAAGACAUGCAGGUUAGGCUAACUGGUGACUAAAAUUGACCAUAGGUGUGAAUGUGAGUGUGAAUGGUUGUCUGUGUCUAUGUGUCAGCCCUGUGAUGACCUGGCGACUUGUCCAGGGUGUACCCCGCCUUUCGCCCAUAGUCAGCUGGGAUAGGCUCCAGCUUGCCUGCGACCCUGUAGAAGGAUAAAGCGGCUAGAGAUGAUGAGAUGAGAAUUAUCCACCUCGGGCUUGGUGAAUAUCAGUGUAUAAUAACCUCAACUUCAUCUCGUUUAUUAUUUAAAUAAUAUUGGAUGGCUUUGAGUGGUAUAUCAGAUAUAUUCCAUUCAGCUACUCAUCUUCGACUUGUUCAAUAUCGUGUUAGCUGAUAUACCUUGAAAAAAGCCAUUAUUAUACAUACAUGUUUGAUAGAACAAUUAUAGAUUUUGCAAAAAGUUAAGAACGGGGGGUAACUUACUGAUAUUGAAUGCUGAUUCUGAUCGAAUGUAAUUCAAUGUUCUGUCAAUCCAAUGUACUGUACAAAGUCAAAAUUCUAAUAAUAAAAAUGGUACCAGUCCAAAAAGCCUGAACAACAACCCAACUUGUAUGCAAGCUAUAUACAGGUUGACAGUUCAAGUUCACAGUUACUUUUGGUCGUAGUUAAUUGUUACAUUGCAGUUGUUCAAAACAAAAGGGCUUUGCUGAGUGAAGUCCAUGAGUGAUGUCCUCUUGUAAAAGUCUCCGUCAUGUUUCCUCACCUCCAAGUAGAACUUUGACAAUAUUUCCGCUAUUGCUCUCCCAGUUUUUUUGAUGCUCAUUGGUAUGUUUUUCUCUUGUAAGUAUGCAUGAAGAAUAUCCAGGGAAGUUUUGGUAGCCUUUCAGGUGUUCAGCGCAUCUGUCUCUUUAAAUCUUCCGCUUUUACUGAAGCAAACCUCGCGGCCAUGUUUGUGUACAAACUGUCAGUCACUCACUAGUACAGAAAUUUCACAUCUCUGUCUCUCUUCCAGUUUUUCGAUGUCCGUUGGUCUGUUUUUCUCUUGUAAAUAUGCAUAAAGAAUAUAUAAUGAAGUUUUGGUAGCCUUUCGGGUGUUCAGCGUGUCUUUAGUUUCAGUUUAUUUAUUUAGUACUUAAACCUAGCACUGAAUUAACCCGUCUUCUCUCUCUCCUGACUGACAAAGAAAUGAUUGUGCACAUGCGCAAGAGAAAAGUUUUGUCAUUGGAUCUUCAUGUGUGACGUCAAGUUGUCUUGACAACAUGCAAUAUUAUAACAGUAUUGUACACUCAUUCUCCAUUGGGGAGAGUGACGUAAUAUAUGGAGGAUAAGCGAUAUGAUAAUAUUGCAUGGCAUCAAUAAACCCACUAGAAGAGAAUAGAAUACGUUUUUUUUUUUUUUGCUGUCCGGUUUCCAUCAAAUCGUGUGCUCUGAUUGGCUAGCGAGCGGUCCGGAAUCCUAUGAUACGGACCCCGGUUACGGACCUUUGGCGACUCACUUGUUCACAAGUACAAAAAACAUGGUAGCAAUUUUUUGGCAACAUUUAUUUUCGCAUUUCUCAGUAUAAUAGCAUUAAUUUUACAACAUGGACAGCGAUAAUGACAGUGUUCACAGCAGUAGCGGAGAUUUGGGGGGGGGGUGCUGCGGCGCGAACAAUCCGGGGCCUCUCUGCUAGGGGGGGCCUUGGGAUUUUUUUUUUUAUUAUUAUUUUUUUUAAUACAGUUUAUUGACCACAUGUCCAUUCGGAAUUAUUUACAACAAAAUUGUUCAAUAAAAAUAUAUUAUGUAGGCUGGGUUAGGCAUAGUUGUUGUCCCUUUAACAUGUUAAAUGAGUUUGCAAAGUUGUUGUUUGCUUGUUUGACCGGAAUAGGCAGCUAUGAUCAAAGUUGUUUUUUUUUUCUCAAAUAAACAUAUAUUAAAUAUU